CGGUUCAUAUGCUGCCUCACCUAUCCAAAUUAUGUAUCUCCAAUGGCGAUCGCACCACUGCGCUUCCAUUCAUCUUCAUCUUGCGGGAUAAGCCUAGAACAUAUUUCUUCAGCGGGGUCGUCAGCGAAUAACCUAGUCAAUUGUCGCGCCAGAGACGAGCUGAGCUCUCUAUCUUACAUGGCUGCAUCCAGACGCGGUGGGCAGGUGGGCUAAUCUCGAUUUAUUGCAUAUGCAUCUAGCCUUGCUGCACCCGGUGGCCCCGCGCGGAUUGCAAUCAAGCAGCUUAUAUUCCAUCAUGCUCCCUGAGAAACUCUGCCAACGCUGAACCUGAGCGGAAGACCAAGUUAGGUUUCCUAAACGCACGGCACAGUCGCCUAUUGGAAAAGCCCAGGAUCUGGGACAUUUGUUAAACGCUAAGCAACAUACGCAAGGGACCCUCGAUCACCAGUAUUCGGAAUACGCAGAAUGUCAAGAAAUGUCGCGAUGUCUACUUCAUCCCUGCCUGGAACUGGCACGGAUGAUGGCCAACCCGGACAACCGCGCCACAGGACCCGAAAUGGUAGAAAAAAGCGACGCGAUGCGGCUGAAGUAGUACCCCCAGCGCCACGGGAUGAAAAUGAAAGGCGCAAUAGCAGCAGAGGAACCGCGGAAACCGAAGGAAAUACCCGUAAACUCCCUCCAGGUGAUAUGCUCACAAACACCUCCCCAAAGAGAACCGGAUACGCUGGUAACUAUGUCGAUAACUACCCAACGGACAACCCUUUCAUGUCUGGACCCCCUCAACCUUACAGGGCAGGCGAUCCUAGUGGUCAAGUUGCGCCUGCUUCAGUCUUUAACUCGACGCGUCCGUAUCCGUAUCCGUAUCAACCACGACCACCACCACCCCCUCCUCCUUCCAAGCCUAUGGACAACCACAAAACAACAUUUGGUCCUCCAGCAGAAUACCAUCCAUCUGCAGCGUCUUAUGAUACUUCCGCAUCUCGUCAUCUUUCCGCACCCGUUCCUCCAGGUGAUUUAGGGCAACGAUAUGGUUCAAAUUAUCCUCAGCGUCGAGAUCACCUUAGAAGUAAUGACGCUUAUAACACGAUGGGACGUGACUACAAUCCCCCAGCAGAAGGGUACCCGGGUUCAGUGAAUGCUAGUGUUCCAUCAAUGGUUCAACUUCUACGCCAACGAAGAGAUGCAUUGGCUGGCAAAAUCGAUGCCUUGAAAUACGAGCAAACAGCCUUCUCAGACCUUAUUGAAGACGAACGCCAGUCCAAGCUGGAGGAAAGGUUGAACCGUCUGGAACAACGUGUAACAAGGCCAACUUUUACAUCAACGCCGGCUCCCGCAUCUAUACCGGCUCCCGCAUCUAUACCGGCUCCCGCGCCUAUUCCAAGCACUUCAUUGUCUUCGAAGUCCGCUUUAACUCCUCAGGAGUUUGAUGUUGUCGAACGACUCGAACGACUCGAAGUAGCUGCACAGAAACUGAAAGUGGCUACUGAUGCCGCAGAAAAUGAGGCUGCCAUCAAAGCUGCUGUACGUAAAGAAGAUGAAGACAAAUUUGCGAGCGUGUUUGAGCUUUUGAUAAAGUCUCACGAGGAGCAAAUGGCUCGUAAUCGCGCGACGCAAGAAAAGGCGGCAGUCAUCGAAGCGGAAGCUGGAGCCAAGGUUGCCGAAGCCAACCAUAAGGCUGCGCAAGCAGUUGAGGCCCGGUUAAAUGCUCAAGAAGUGGCCGCAACACUUGAAUCUCUCUUACGGGCCAAGGAGGAAAGCAAGACUGGUCUGGGGGAUCAUGAGAUUCAAGCAACUACUACAUUUCCUUCUCUCAAAGAGGAGUUGGUUACUGCCAAAAAGGACGUUCUAGGCAAGACAUCCGCAACCUCUCUUCAUGCAGAAAGCCUGGCGAACGGUACAACAUUUCUCAACUCGGAGCAUAGCCAAGCUGCAAUAACCCUUGAAGACUGCUUCGGAAGAAAGGUGCUUUUACCAAUGCCAGAAUGUAAAUCCUGGGAGAGGGUCGAAAAAGUCAUAAAAUCAGCUUUUCAUGGCGCUGAAGAGACUUUGGAUGACGACAUUGAACAGCGAUUGUAUUGGUUGUAUACGUCGGAUCAUCAACUUAUUGUUCCCGAAACAUGGUCCUCGGUUGUACAACCAGGUUGGACUGUGCACAUGAAACUACACCGCGAACUCGAGCAAAGCGAUCGUUCGUAUGUUUCUUCAGAAAUCUCACAAACCGAAGAGGGCCGGCAUCGGCCACUUAAAAGCAGAAGUGGAUCGAUAAAAAGCUCUUCAGGAUCCUCCCUACUGUCUUCGUCGAGAAUGACUUCAUCAGAGCCCAGGAGGACCCGCAUGUCUGUCCCGCCUCCGGUUCCUGAUGCCCCAUCAGCACAGGCAGGAGAAUACGGCCCAACCCUUUGGAACUUACCGCUCGAAUCAAUUGCUGGAAACUUUGAAAACAUCAAGUCUGGGUCUAACAAGGGAAACAAUGGCCGAACCAACCAUACGGAUGAACCGGAGGCUUCUAACGUGUCGAAGGGCUCUAUAGUACCUAAUGAACCCCAAGAAGGCGGAGUCUUUAAAAAAUACGAGAAACCGAAGGUUGACGAUGCUUCGGAAGUCUCGAAUGGCGAACAUCAAUGGAAUCAACAACCAAGUCAGGGCAACGCAAGCAUCACUGCCGACGGUCUCGCGUCACCACGGUUCAAAGCGGACCUUUCUGCUCAUACAGUACCUCCCGAGAAUACAGUCUCAAGUGACUUGCUAGAGUUUCGAGAUCAGUAUGAGGUUAAAGAACGUACAACUUCUCUUGAAGACGAGCCCAAACGCUUUCAACAUUUGGGCCAUACCAACCUCCUUGACUUUGAUAAGUCAGAUUUUGAUCCUGUUGAAGGCUCGAGGAAUGGGGUGCAAGGUGUGAUUCACGUGGUGGAUAGUGAGAACCACAUCCCUGCUUCCAAAGCUCUUCCCGUGGACACACAGCGUCCUGACAAACUUGAGAAAUAUUUGCCAUAUCCCUUGCAAGUUAUGGAGCAAGAGACGAACCACUCUGGAUUUAUCGUGGAUGCUGAAAGUGGCCGAGUCACCGAUUCAAAGACAGACGGAAGAGGCGAAAUUGCUCCGGAAGAGCACUUUUUAGCCCCAAGAGCAGGGCUGAAUGGACUUUCACCGGAAACAUCUACACUGACCAAUAUAGAAGAGGACCCCAAAAACAACAGAUCCAAAACCGAUGAGAAGAAACAUCAAAUGACAGCUAUCUUGGGCGCUCUGGCUGGGCACCAACCGGGAAUGGACAAGAAUACAUGUGGCACCGAUUAUCGUACUACCCUUCGACUAGGCAAAAACUAUAGCACGGCACCAUCCCAGAUCGGAAACGAUUGCGCUUCUAACCCUGGUCUCCGUGUAAAGGACGGCCUCACAGAGCAAAAAGAUAAUGAGCUGUCUACAGUACCGGAGCACGAAGAGUCGUUGGCACCAGCCGAGCCUGUCCUUGGCAGGCUUACCGAUGGAAUACAAACUCAAGCCACCUUCGCUCGCAGUUGUAUUCUCCUUGACCCUUUAUUGUCCGAGUCAAAGCCUAACGCGGACUUGAUCCCCGGCUUGAAAAGCUCACCAUUGAUAACCCUCCAAAAUUGCGACCCUAGUUGGUCUGGCAGAGGCCAACAUAUUGAAUACUCGAAUGAGUCUGAGAUUCCAUUGCAAACAUGCAAAUCAUUGGGGCAUGGCGCCACUGCUAUGGUAGAAGCAUGUCGUCUAAACCAAUACACUAUUGCCCGAAAAAUAAUUCGCCUUCAUCGAAGAAUGAAGAAAGAAGAGGCAGUAAUCGAAGUCGAGCACCUUCAGCGCCUGCGGCAUCCCCAUAUCGUCCAGCUUAUAGGGAGCUACCUCCUUCCAAAAAAACAGUUUGCUAUCCUCAUAUACCCUGUGGCAGACUACAACCUCGAUGAGUUCAUGCAACGCUGCGAACAGCUUGGUACAUCCAGCAUAGAGACACGAUCACUUUCUGGUUUUGUACCAUGUCUGAUUCAUGCCAUGGCCUAUAUACACGACAAGAAAAUCAAACAUAUGGACAUCAAGCCCCUGAACGUAUUGGUAAAAUCGACUGAAAGCAAAACGCAUCCCUACACUGUCUAUCUCGCCGACUUCGGUAUCGCCAGAGCUUACAAGGCGCAUGAAGAUAUGGAUACAAACACUAAUAUUUCCUUCACAAGAAAAUACUGCGCACCCGAGAUCCCAAACAAGAAGCGACGCGGCAAAAAGGCCGACAUAUUUUCUCUUGGAUGCGUUUUUGCAGAGAUUUUCACUGUUCUUGCAGGGGAAUCUUUGGAAGACUUCACUGAUUUACGAGAGGAGAACACAAAACAAGAUGAUGGUGGUGACGACUCGGAUGCAGAAAUCCAACAGUAUUCAAGACAAGGUGAUGGAUGUUACCACACGAAUAUGGUCAUAGUGAGAAAAUGGCUGGAAAAUUUGCGCUUUCCUGCAGAUACCCCGGUAUACUGGGAAUUGUGGCUACCUCUGCUACAGCGAAUGCUUCGACGAGACGCUGCUGAUCGGCCAUCAGCAAGAGAUCUAUUGAGGUAUUGCGGUGGGUCGAGAGAUUGCUGUCGUGGGCCUGCCCCCUCCUAUGACGGUGGAGAAGAGUCACAGUCUGUUUCCUCUCUUAUGGCCGAAUAGUCUUCUCUACCCUCAUAUUUGUAAGGUUUUUCGUUUGAUAAAAGGUUUUUGGAACUCAAAGAUAGCAGGGCUUUUAUUGGUAUCAGCAAUAUAUACCCGUCGCCGUACUGAUGAACCAGAUUCGCACGCGACCUAAUUGGCGCCGGGCCUCAGGUUAAGAUACAUUCUGUUAGUUAAUGUUCCAUCUGUUAACAGUCCUUAAGUUGUGCUAUCGGCUUGCUAGGUUUGAUCGGCAAGCACCUUUCUUUUCCUCUGCAGCUCGUAGGUUCGACACGGAGCCAACUCACUUCCUCCUACAUUACCCGAUAAUUAUACCGAUUAUACCGC